GCAGAGCUCUCAGAAAUGAGAAGAAACGUGGAGAGAGCCACUCGGCGGAGUUCCAGUCCUGAUGACGAAGCCUUACUUUUGAGGCAGAAGCACAAAUUACUACAAGCCAGAGAAAAAGGAGAUGUCACUCUGCAGAAAAGACCAGACAUCCAGCAGUGGAAAAGCCAGCCCCUCCAGCACGUAGCCAAGGAGUUGAGGCAAGAGUGGCCAGAGGCCCAACACCAGCAAGUCAGAGACCCGGAGAGGCCGUUAGCACAUCUGUUAGGUGGAGGGGGAGGAGGACAGGCAAUGGAAAAAGAACCUGACUCAGAGGAGCCUGUCCAGAAAGGAGCCACAAGACCCCUGAGAGCCAAGGAGAAGCACAGAGCAGCCAGCAGAGAAGAGAAGAGGGGCCACAUGGAAGAGCCGGUCAGAUCAGCCUGGCCAUCCAAGUCCCAGAAGAGAGCCGUGGGCUCAGAGAAGCAGGGAGCUUUGAAAGCCAUGGGCCUGACUCACCCUCCCCCGAGACCCCCCGAGAGGAGUCAAGGAAAACGGGCACCCUCAACCAGGACCGGUGGUGGCCGCCAUCCCGUUGACCCUUGGGUGAGCAGAGGGAUGGACCUAGAGAAGCUAAAUCCACUCUUGGCCUUUGCAGGGGGAAUCAAGGAAAAACAGAAAGCCCAGGAGGGGAGGAGGCAACUGCGAAAGGGGAAGGUUCCUUUUGUUCAAGGCUUGAAAAACAGCUCUCGGGAUCCAAGUGUCGAGGGCAUAUGGAAAGACCUAGAACAGCUAUGGCCAGUUGGCUUCACCCAUGGAAGGGGCUCUGUGCCCCAGGUGUCUCAGUGCAAGCACAGGGACAAGACCGAGUGGCAGAAAGAGCUUGAAUUUGCCUUUGAAGAGUUGUUUAAUAUAAACAGAAAGCUGAAAAAACACCUGAGUUUGCACCUUGAGUCAAGGCCCGGGGAGGACCAGAACCCCGAUGAAGAACAGGCCCCAUCGGAGCUGCAGGAACAAAGUGGAGAGACCCCGAGAGAGGGGAGAGCAGGAGAUAUGGAAGGAAUGCCCGCUGUGGAGUCCACAGAGCUGCAGGCCCACCAGACGUCAUCCAAAACCAGCUUGCAAAAGUUUCUAGGCAAGAUGGAGAACCAAAAAUACCACCAGAUGACCAAGGCCAUGUUUAAGGAUGGAAGUCAAGCAUCAUCUCCCAAGACAGGAGUAUUUAUCAGUGAAGAGGACUCACUCUCGGGGGACACAGGAUCCACACAAGAGCCCCCCACACUGGCCGCCCUGCAGGAGGGCUCAGUUCAGCUGCACCUGCAAGCACCGGCGGACAGAGCUGGCUUGAUGUCCUCCAGGCAGAAGCGAAAGACGGAGAAGGAGCAGAGGAGGCAAGAGCAGCUGGAAUUGCUUGAACAAACCGAACACCCCAACAUGAGCUUGGAGAUCCACUACAAGGCUGAGCUGGAGGAAGAGAGAAGGGAACGGAGAAGGGCACGCCUGGCCCACAUGAAGUCUUACCCCGUUAGAGACCAGGAAAGGCAAAGAGUGCACGCGCUCCAGGCUGCCUCCCCGCCGGGCACCGACGUCCUCGACUACGAAGACGUCGAGAAGCACAGUCAGAGGAUUCAUGACCUUCAACAGCAGAUCCUGGAGCAGAACAAGCUGCACCAGAAGUUUCUUGAUGAAGCCAGGAAGCGCUUGCAGGAGUUUCAGAGCGUGUGUUAA